AUGGUGUACUGCGGGAAGCCCUCCAAGGGCUGCCAGAUGUGCCGGACCCGGCGUAUCAAAUGCGACGAAACAAAGCCAACCUGCAACCAGUGCGCCAAAGCACGCCGGCAAUGCCCGGGCUACAAGGACGAGUUCGACCUCGUCCUCCGCAUCGAGAACCUCGCUGCCAAGCGGCGAGCGCUGAAGAUCACCACCUCAAGACGCAACGCCAAGGGCAGCAAGAAAUCCAAAUCGACCCCUCCACCAUCGGCCUCCAGCUCCUCCUCCUCCCCUUCCUCUUCGGAUUCUCUUACGGCCACCCCAACCACCCCAGGAGGUGCCACCAAGAACACCAUCACGAUCACCACCAGCUCUGCACCCUCACCCUCAUCCUCGUCCCCAUCCUCAGCCUCAUCCUCGAAGAAAGUGCUUUCCACGCACCAGCGACGACAUUCCCAACAGGCCGCCCCGUUCCUCGCCCCCACCCCAAUCCACAUCCCGCCGGAGGAGCUCGCUCCCUGCCACUUUGUCGCAAACUUCGUGAUCUCCUCCCGCGAGGAGGGCAGGAGCGGGUUUCUGGACUAUCUGAUGCCCCUAAUGCAGCAAACGGGGGACAAGCGGGAGAUGCAUCUCGAGCAUGCCUUCAACGCGUGUGCCCUGGCUUCGUUGGGGAACAGGACUUCUUUUCUCAGUCCCGGCUUGGGCGGGGCAGGUCGGGGAGGAGGAGGAGGAGCGGGGGGAGGAGAGGGGCUGAAGUCCUGUCUGGGCAAGGCGUUUGUCGAGUACAGCAAGGCGCUGAGGGCCACCCAGGCUGCGCUAGCGGACCCGGAGAGGUGGAAGAGUGAUGGGGUGCUGGCGGCAGUGUUGUUAUUGGGCAUGUUCGAGAAUAUCACGGCCACGAAACUCGGCAACCUGGCCUGGGGCUCGCACAUCGAGGGAGCGAUACAGAUUGUUAAGGCGCGCGGGCGGAGUCAGUUGAAAUCCAAGAUCGGGUUGCAGUUGUGGGUGUCCGUCAGGACACAGCUUAUCAUCCUCACGCUUUCCUCUGGCACCGCCCCAGUCAUGGGUGCAGAGUGGUGGAUCCAAGACGCCGUCAUGGAGCCGACGGCGGCCGAGUUGCAACGCCUCGGCCUCAAGGCGGGCGAGCUGCGUGCCGAGAUCACGCGCGUCAUAGCCAGCGCCGCCCGCACCCCGGAGAAUAUCAGGCUGGUACAGGACCUUAUGCACCGGGCGCAGGCUCUGGACGAGGAGGUUGCCGCCUGGAUGCGCUCUGUGCCGCCCACUUGGAAACCCAAGACACUGUGUUGGCAGCACCACGAACUUGGCGUCCCCGGUGGCGGCAACGACUACUCCGAGGCCGAAGUGUUCCCGGGCCGCGUGGACCUGUACCACGACUUUCCUAUUGCAGGCAUCUGGAACCAGGCGCGGACAACGAGACUCAUUCUCAUGUCUGUCGCUGUUCGAUGUGCCGCGUGGGUGUGCUCGCCCGUGGACUACCGGACGACCCCCACGUACGCCGCCGCCACGAGGAUCUGUGUGGAUACGAUUGCCGAUAUCCUGGCAUCUGUUCCAUUCCACCUGGGCUGGCACACCAAGACGAGGGAAUUGUUCCCGGAGGACGGGCCGGCGGCGGCCUUUGCGUGCGGCGACGAGUAUGGGCUCAAGGGCCUGGCCGGGUACUUCCUGACUUGGCCGCUGGCGUGUGUGAUGACGCAGGAUUAUACGACUGAUGCACAACGAGCCUACACCAGAGGCAGGCUCAAGUACAUCGCCGAAGCACUCGGUAUCAAGUACGCGCAUAUCAUAUCCCAGCUCCAAGUCCGUGUUCCCUCAUUGCUCAUCCGCUCGGACGGCCUUCUGGCGAGGCCGUACCCGAUGGCGCAGAACUUUGAAAAGCUAUUGUCGUCCGCGAGGGCCGUGACCCCGCUCUCGCCAGUUCCUGGCACCAACGCCUUCACCCAGCUGGAAGGCAUGCAGCAGGAGCAGCUACACCAGAACCAGCGCAGGCCGCCCGGUUCGUCGGGGGAGGCUGCGCAACCCGCAAUGACGGAGUGGGUCUCCGUGUGA